GUUGGGUAACGCGCACGCGCACGCGCGCGGGACUACUACGCAGGCGCGACAGGCGAGCCGUCCUCUGGGCGGGGUAGUGCGGGUUCGCCAUGGUUGAGGCGUCUCACUGGUACAGAGACGGGACUUCGAAACAAAAGCUGCCUUACAGAAAAGAAACAGAAGUUAGAACCACACUUCAGGAGUUGUUACUCUACUUAAUUUUUUUAAUAAACCUAUGUAUAUUGACUUUUGGCAUGGUAAAUCCACAUAUGUAUUACUUUAACAAAGUUAUGUCAUCUCUGUUUUUGGAUACUUCUGUACCUGGUGAUGAAAGAACCAACUUUAAAUCUAUUCGCAGCAUAACUGAUUUUUGGAAGUUUAUGGAAGGACCUCUUUUGGAAGGUUUGUACUGGGACACAUGGUACAAUGACCAAAAGCUGUAUAAUGUAAAAAACAGCAGUCGCAUCUACUAUGAGAACAUUCUUCUUGGAGUCCCCAGAGUUCGGCAGCUGAAAGUUCGCAAUAAUACGUGCAAAGUCUAUUCAUCCUUUCAAUCUUUGAUGAGUGAAUGUUAUGGCAAGUAUACUUCUGAAAAUGAAGACUUAUCUGAUUUUGGCAUCAAAAGUGGUACUGAAUGGAAGUAUUCUACUUCUACUACCAAUUCCCCUUUGCACUGGGGAUUAGUUGGUGUUUACCAAAAUGGGGGAUAUAUUUUCACCUUAUCAAAAUCAAAAUCUGAAACCAAAAGCAAGUUCGUUGACCUUCAAUUAAACAACUGGAUCACAAGAGGGACCAGGGUUAUUUUUAUUGAUUUUUCAUUAUACAAUGCUAACGUAAACCUGUUUUGCAUCAUUAGAUUGGUAGCAGAAUUUCCUGCAACUGGAGGAAUACUUACAUCAUGGCAGUUUUAUUCUCUGAAACUCCUCAGAUAUGUUAGUUACUAUGAUUACUUUAUUGCCUCCUGUGAAAUCACAUUUUGUAUUUUCCUUGUUGUCUUCACAACACAAGAACUCAAAAAAAUAAAAGAAUUUAAAUUCACCUAUUUCAAAAGUAUUUGGAACUGGUUAGAAGUACUACUUUUGCUGUUGUGUUUUGUAACCGUUUUCUUCUACGCAUAUUGCAAUUUACAAAAUUUUCUCCUACUUGGACAGCUGUUAAAAAGUACUGAAAAAUAUUCAGACUUCUAUUUUCUUGCAUACUGGCACAUUUAUUACAACAAUAUAAUUGCUAUUACUAUCUUCUUUGCAUGGAUAAAGAUAUUCAAAUUUAUAAGCUUCAAUAAGACAAUGUCUCAGUUGUCAUCAACCUUGUCCCGCUGUAUCAAAGACAUAGUAGGAUUUGCCAUCAUGUUUUUUAUAAUAUUCUUUGCUUAUGCCCAGUUAGGAUUUCUUGUUUUUGGAUCACAAGUUGAUGACUUUUCUACUUUUCAAAAUGCCAUAUUUGCACAGUUUCGAAUUGUUCUUGGAGAUUUUAAUUUUGCUGGUAUUCAGCAAGCCAGUUGGAUCUUGGGACCCAUUUACUUCAUCACUUUCAUCUUUUUUGUGUUCUUUGUCUUGCUGAACAUGUUUUUGGCAAUAAUUAAUGACACUUAUUCUGAAGUGAAAGCAGAUUAUGCAAUAGGAAAAAGGCCAGAUUUUGAACUUUGCAAAAUGAUUAAGAUGACUUACCAUAAUGCUCUUGAGAAACUCAAACUGAAGAAAACUCAAAAAGACGACGAGAAAAUCAGCAAAAGCAAUGGACAUUUGGUUGAACAAACAGGAAGAGAACGCUUGGAUGAAAAUGAGAUUCAAAGAGCUGAGCAGAGGAAAAAAUGGAAGGAGAAAUUUGAAAAAAAAUAUUCUACAGAAAUUCAGGAUGACUACCAGCCUGUCACUCAACAAGAAUUUCACGAACUCUUUUUAUAUGCUGUAGAACUGGAGAAGGAAUUACAGUACAUCAGUUUAAAACUAAACCGAGUGACGAGAAAGUUCUCAGCUAUAUAAUACUAAGUGAAGUGGUCUGUUAUUGAUUUCUCUACACCUAAUUGACUGGACAAAUACUGUGAAGAUAACAAGAUAUACUAUACUACCUAUUUCUACUAUCCCAGUAUCCUGCUUUGAAGUUCUGUACCAGUGUCACUACAUUGUCUUGAAUGGCUUUGUUUCAUCUUUUCUAUUGAAUUUUUACUACAUUCUAAAUAAAAAUUAAAAAAAAAAAAAAACUGCCAGGCAUAAUCCCAACAGUAGGGAGGCUGAGAAAGGAAAAUCUCCGAAUUCGAGGCCAUCCUGGUCAACAAAGUGAGUUCAAGCCCAGCCUGAACUACUAAGUGAGAACUUGUCUUUAAAAAAAGAAAAAAAAAUUUUUUUCUAUUAAAAAAAAAAGUUUGAAAAAAAUAAAAAGCUUGGAAAUUAGAGCCACUGUAUUUCCUUUUGUGUGGUGGUCUGCUCUCACACU